CACGACGGCACGACCCGCACCCCCCUCUCUCUCUCGUUCUCUUUCUCCAAAACUCCACCAAAAUCCAAAUCCCAAUCCGUCCCCAUUUCCCUCCCUCUUUCCCCUGACCGACUCUUUCGUAUCCCAUGGGGAGAGUUUUUGAAUCCAAGAGCACGAUCGGAAAUAAACCCUGAUUCUGGAGCGAUUCUUGGACGGAGUCGAGGUGGGAGGGAAUGCGUCGAUUGGAGGGGAGCUCGUGCUUCUUGAUUUUGGACUCUCUCUGCCCUCGGCCAUUGCAUUUUGGUUGUCUAUGCUUUUGACUUCGUAGAUUCCUAAAACAGAAGCAAUGAGUGGCACAUUUAAUGGGCACAUUUUAGUUGACAAGCUUGCUAAACUUAAUAAUUCACAGCAGAGCAUAGAGACUCUGUCACAUUGGUGUAUAUUUCAUCGGAAUAAAGCAAGUCAAGUGGUAGAAAUAUGGAACAAACAAUUUCAUUCCACACCACCAGAAAAACAGGUCUCUUUCCUAUAUCUUGCGAAUGAUAUAUUGCAGAAUAGCAGACGAAAGGGUUUGGAAUUUGUUACUGAAUUUUGGAAGGUUCUCCCGGAUGCACUUAAUAAUGUACUUGAGAAUGGAGAUGAGUUUGGGAGAAAUGCUGUCCUAAGACUGGUUAACAUAUGGGAAGAACGCAAAGUUUUUGGUUCUCGGGGGCAAGUUCUCAAAGAGGAGCUUUUGGGGAGGAACUUCGAGGGUAGAAAUAGAAAUGAAAAUUUUACUAAUUACAAGUUGAAACGACAUGGUGGUGAUGGUAUACUGGAAAAGCUCAUUUCAGAUUACAAACAUUUAUAUGAUGGCCCUGUGGAUGAGGAAGCUUUAUUUGGAAAAUGCCAAACCGCUAUUAGUUGUGUUGAAAAGGUGGAGAAGGAAAUUGGAAGUGAUUUUAAGUUAGGGAGUCUCAGUGGAUCUAGAGUCGUAAAGGAGUUAGAAGAGCAGCAUAGCACACUGAGAGAAUGCAUAGAACAACUGAAAGCACUUGAAUCAUUGAGAGUAACAUUAGUGUCCCAUUUAGGAGAGGCAAUUCAUGAGCAGGAGUUCAAGAUCGAACAAGUCCGUAAUCAACUUAAGAUUGCUCAAUCUCGAUAUGAGCUAGUAGGCAGCAUCUGUCAGCAAUUACUGAACAGCAACCUUGGGCAAAUGCCACCCGAACAGAGGCUGAAGGAAUCUGAAGCCUCUCCCACUUACAUCACAGAAGCUCCAUCUAGCACUGGAGAUAGAGAGCAAUCAGCUCCUGUAAGAUACAUCCAGCAGGGACCUUCCUGUGAGAAGGUUCCCUGCACUGAAGAAGAGCAGCGGAAAACAGCAGCUGCCGCUGUGGCAGCAAAGUUGGCAGCAUCAACCUCCUCUGCCCAGAUGCUUAGCUUUGUCCUUUCUUCUCUGGCAUCCGAAGGAGUCAUUGGCCCAGCUGCAAAGGAAGAUUCCUCUUCUUCCGACACCAAAAGGCCCAGGCUAGAAAAUGUUACCUCACCUUACAUUCCACCCCAUUCUCAGGCUUCUCCUCGGCCUUUCCCACAGCUUGAUCCACUAUACCAGCCAACACUACCCCAGCCAUCAUCAUCCCCUUUGACACAUCCAGGCCCCACCCAUCAGCCACAAAUGCUACCACCUCUAAUGCCGCUGAUGGCAAUACCACCUCCACCAGCUACACGGUUCGUGCAGGUUGCUGGGUCAAUGACAGGCGUGCCAUAUAGCUAUGGCUCAGCCCUUCCUCCCCAAAGACUGCCUCCUUUUCCAGGAUUUUCAAUGAUAAACUCACCUCCUUUCCCAGGUCCACAAAAUCCACUUCGGGACUUCCAAUCACCAGAGGGUGUUAACCUCUUCAACCAAUCCUCACUUCCUGUGAAACCACCACAGAUUUCUCGGCCAUAACUUUUAUAAUGAAUGAGCCCAUUAAGAAAGUUCUGCUUCCAAUGGCUGCUUAAUUGGAUCAGGAGUUUUGGUACUGUAAAGCUUUGUUUUUACUGGUUUAUACACACAGUGCUUGAAACUGUUAUGACCCAUAUAUGUAUGUUUUAUGUUAAACAUUUUAACAUUUGAAGAACAGUUUUGGUACUGUAAAGCUUUGUUUCACCAGUUUAUA